AAAUCUUCCUCCUCGCAUUCCCUCUUUCUGUCAUGCCGUUGACCGCUGGCAAGUACGAGGGCUACAUGCGCGCUGCCACUUUCCUCCUGGACUGGCUGCUCCGCGUCCACCAGCAUCUUCAUCCCGCUGUGAACGUUCUGCAGUUGAAGACACUCAACGGAGCUGUCCAGCAGAUCUCCAAGAACCCUGCGUCCCUCUCUUCGGAUCUACUACACGAACUGCCAAACGUUCUCAAACCUUUUCACUGCGCCAUUGGAUUACGUGAAGCAUUCGCCGCGCCGCUGCUGGCAAAUGACACAUCUAAAUUUGCGGCUUUGUUGAGAAUCUGGUACAAUCUGCUGCAAAUGGUGCCAAUUGACAAUAUUCAAGACACCAUGGCUGCUGAGUGGGAGGAAGAGGAGAACAAUUAUUGUCCCGGAGAAGAGCAAUUUAUUGUGGAUACUAACCUCACCUAGAAACUUAACACAGAGCGAUCUCACGUCUGUGCGGAGGCAUUUAACGACGAUUUUGGA